AUGGAUUCUUCAACACGACGCCGUCUUCAUCACGCGCCAGCCGACUACGUGAUCGGCAACCAACAAAUAUCACCUGUCGUCAACAUACGGCAGAUGAGAGGGCAUCUUGCUCUGUUGAGAGCCUUUUAUGAUCUGAAGAUCAGCGUUGUCCAAGUGAACUUACCCGGACGGACGGACGAGCAAAAAUGGACGAGGUUUCUGCGCUACGCCGAGUGGCGCUUCUUCCGGUGGGGUUCGACCAUCGUCUCUCAGCGUUCGCCAGGUUCAUCCCAGUUGAAUCCCGAAGAGAUCCCCCCCAUCGACGUACUCAUGGUGUGGCAUGCCUACCUGCUCAACCCACGACACUACUAUGAAGAUUGUCGUCGCGACAGAGGGCCCCCGUGGGCCACGCUCGGCGCCUUCCCUCUCAUCUUGGCUUCUCAAUUGUUGGAUAACCCGGACCCAGAUCAAAUACGUACUUGGGAAGAUGAGACACAUAUGCCAUUUCAUCCUGACUUGGCGCCCGACCCAGAUUGGUGGCUUCAAAUCGACUGUCCUGCGUGCGGGUCCGCUAUCAAGAUACACUUCUCGCGUUGGGCUGGAGAGGAACCGCUGCCGAGCCGGUGUGAACACCGCUCGGUUGAAUUCCAAGACAUGAAAGAGGCUCUUUCUGUGAAGAGAUUCGCCGACGAGAUUUGUGCAGCUGUGGUGAAUCGAAGACACUUGGAUGAUCCAAGAUAUGCUCUUGCUGGCACAGUCCUCCAAACCUCCAGCGGUCAAGUACAACAUGAGGAAUCAAUCAGGCUAAAUCGACAGUUGAUUAAUGCAUGGAAGAGGACGGUGGAAGAAGAAGACGAUGCUGCAAUGGCCAUCGGGAAAGAUGCUCAUUGGAGCUUUGCAUCAAUCAAACGUCGUAUCCGCAGGGCAAACGAAGUGGAUAACAAUACGGGCACACCGCAGGAGUGGAAAGACGUGCUCGCAUGCUAUUCACGACCUUUCUCGGCAUCUCUCAAUCUAGUUGGCGCAGUCAUACGCCAGGCAGCGUUCAUAAAGAAGAUGCAUGACCAGGGAUGGACAGAGCCGGGAAAGUUCGUCCGACACGACGCACCCCUCAUCGAAUCGAUUGAUCGCUACCACAAGUUCCUCGAUCUCAUGAGUGCUCACCCAGGCCGUUUCUACGUACCGACAAACAAUAUCGAUCUUGCGUGGCAUACGCACCAACUCCUGGCGGGCAUACAGAGAGGAUACACUGAAGACAGACUUAAGAGGGGUUUCGAUCGCACGUCUAGGGACUGGAAGGAACGCUUCGGAGAGUUGUACUGUGUAUGCCAAUAUUGCAAGAACCGAGACGCUGCCUUGUCUAUCCGGGAUACGCGGUCUGCACGGGCCGCAUAUACGUCUUCUGCACUGGCGUUAGUUCCACGCUAUCAAUUAGCGGCACCGACUACUGCUACUGGAUACUAUUACCGCGCGCCAUCCUCCAGUCAUUCCCCACGCGAGAGGGAGCCAGAGAGAGAGGAUCCCAUCAGCGCGAUUGCCGAGCUAGUUGAUCUCGCAGAUGGGUGCGGUGAUGGUGGAGAUGGCGGGGACGGUGGAGAUGGUGGGGACGGCGGAGAUGGCGGGGACGGCGGCGGGUGUGGUGGGGGAUGUGGCGGUUGUGGCGGUUGA